AUGGAAAACAGUGGUCAUAGUUACUUGGCGAGUGGUGAAUACAAGAAAAUCCCAACGAAAGAAGCGAAGAAAGCCGUCAAGACCCAAAAGGUGAGCUGUGCCGAAGACAAGAAGAAGAAGCACCGUGUGAAGGAGAGCUAUUCUGUCUACAUCUACCGUGUAUUCAAGCAGUUCCAUCCCGAUACAGGAGUUUCGUGGAAGGCGAUGUCGAUCAUGAACUCGUUGUUGAACGACGUAUUCGAACGUAUUGCUGCCGAGACCGCUAAGCGACUGAUCUUGCCAGGGAGCUCGCUAAGCAUGCCGUAUCCGAGGGCACAAAGGCCGUCACCGAAUACACCGCGAGCAAGUUGUGGCGAGAUCGUAUUCCUGACAAAGUCACAUGCCAUUGUUUGCUCACUUACUCAUGGUGAAAUCAGAUGUUCUCUUUUGUCAUGGAUUGGUGGAGAUGGAGGUUCUAGUGCUGAGUGGCUCACCGACAUCCUCAACGUUGGUGACACAGUCUUGUAUACCGCUGCUAAGCGUGGUGGAGAAAAAGAAUGGAGAGCAGUUAAGUGGACAGCGCAAGGUUUUCGAAUUGGAAGUGAUCACGUCCCACUGGCUGACUCAUACUGCCAGACCGCUGUUUCCGUUCCUGAACUUGGCAUGCGCUACAUCCUACCCAUGCUUGAACACACCUUAUAUGGGAAACCUACGCUCCGUCAUUUUCUGUCAUAG